AUGGCAACAAGUCAAUCUGGCUCAAACGGCCAUGCUCCCCCAACCGGGGCUUUACUACCACAUCGGCGGCGCAAGAAAAUCAUUGUGGCCAUGACGGGAGCAACAGGUGCCAUUCUCGGCAUCAAGACGCUGCUGGCUCUCCGCCAACUCAACGUCGAGACGCACCUCAUCACGAGCAAGUGGGCAGACAGCACGCUCAAGUACGAGACCGACUACACGACGCAGGCAGUCCGGGCGCUCGCCGACCACGUCCACAGCAACCACGACAUGUCUGCACCAGUUGCCAGCGGCUCGUACCGCGUGGACGGCAUGAUUAUUAUUCCUUGCAGCAUGAAGACGCUUGCCGCCAUUAGCUCGGGCUACUGCGAUGACCUCAUUUCCAGAGCUGCCGAUGUUAUGCUCAAGGAACGGAAGAGACUUGUCUUGGCGACGCGGGAGUGCCCCCUGAGCGGCAUACACAUCAAGAACAUGGCUACGGUUACGCAAAACGGGGGGAUUAUAUUCCCACCAGUGCCGGCGUUUUACACUAGACCCUCCUGCAUAGAUGACAUUGUCGCCCACACAGUGGGGAGGAUAUUGGAUUUGUUCGAUUUGGAUAGUGAGGAAUUUGAGCGGUGGCAAGGCUUCCAGAAGGAGUAG